CAUCUUCAUUUACACGCUCCUCCCCGUCGCUGGCCGCUCCCUCCCGCCGCGAUGGACAUUCUGUUCUCACCAUACAGUCUCGGGGGGGUGCCCAGAUCGGCCAUGGCUGAAAUCGAGAGGAGGACGGAGGACUUGCUCAAGUCCAGCAGCUUCCAGCGCAUGCUGGAGCUGGAGAAGAAACACAAGGUGCGUGUUGCCCCUGGCUGGCCCUCACCGCUUCCCUGUUGUUGCCUUGGCCCCUGUCCUGAUUGCUACAUGUCUUACACACGGCGGCAUGUCUCUGACAUGGCGUUCGCACCCCACCAGAUGGAGCGAUUGCGAGGCGUCCAAGCCCUUCUUCCGUCAUCUCAACUUUACGCUCAACGAAAAGAAGGCCCUCCUCCUCGACCUGAGCGCCCGGACAUUGGGUUUCCGCAAGAAGAGUUCCUGAUGGUCAAGGCCGCGCGGUGCACCGUUAUCACACCUUCGUUAUCCAUUACCAUCCCCCAAUCCGCCGACCACGAGAGACGGGUCCGGCCACAGGAGGAGCAGGACGGCGAGCCAGAUGAAGACCACGCCGAUGCCGGGACUCCCACAGCCAGCGAGCCGUUUCAGAAGCAGGUGAAGUUCCUCGCCCCUGAAGACGACGGGGACGACGACGAGGACGGCGACGAGGACGGCAUGUCGGAGCAGUCAUCCAUCUGCCAAUCCCCCAGCUGGGAGGGAUACGGGCAGCGGAAGAAGGAAAAGAAGCGGGAGGCUGAGCGCCGAAAGAGAGAAAAAGAGCAGGCCGAGAAGGAGGCGAGGGCCGCGAAGAAACGAGCCAGUGCAAGGCUAAGCAAGCAGCCGCCACCCAUGCCGGCGACGGCAAGGACAGCCAACCGCCAUCCUACGGCUAUCGGCUUGACCAACGCAGAUCGCUCAACGUCAGACCCCAUGCUCGUCACCUGGAAUCUUCCACAAGGCACUCAAACCGGUCAUCUGCCGCAAGAUGUCGAGAGGAUUGUCUCUGCCGACGGCGUCCAACGGGGCCGGCAGCACCGACCUGCUUUGACCGGUGCUCUUCCCGCAUCGGGCUCCUCCAAUGGCGGGCGAGACGGAGGCAAUCACGCGGAGGACCCCAAAGUUGCCGAUCAUAAACUGUGCGACAGCGGCUCCGCUCCACGCCAGGGUCUCCGCAGGUCCAUGUCGGAGGGACCAGUGCCGCCGCGUAGUUCGGAGUCAUCUGCUAUAUCCUCCUCCAAGCACGAGACUCGGGCACCACGGGAUGCAUUCCCGCCCUCGGCUUCGAGGACUCCCAUGCUACGGCACAUGUCCCCGUCUAGCGGCAAUCGCGCCGGCAACUUGUUUCACGGUUCAGCCAACACCAACCAUUCACAGGAGUCGCUCGCGGGUGUUCCCUCUGUGGACGGCGGUCGCCGACACGGAUACGUGGUUCAUCAAAGAGCACAAGCCACGGAAAGGGCCCUGGCUGGCCUUGUCGAUGAGCUGGUUGGAAGCGUUGCCCAAUAUUAUCCGCCAUCAAGGUCAAGCUCUGGGGGCACACACUCCACAAGGCGGUCGUCCCUAACACAGGAGGCAAAGUCCGCCGCGAUGAAGCUCAUGGGCAUGAGGGCGUCAUCUGCAGCGAGAGACGGCGGCAACACCCAGGACGACUACCUAACCUUCAAGGCAAUCCCGUACUCGGCUUCCGAUAUCGAGCCCUCAGCGGCGGCUGGAAGCACGCCGACAUCUCCCAGAGCCGCGGACGGCUUCUCCCGUGCGAAGAUCGACGAACGGCCAUCGACCUCGGAAGCAUCCAUGCUGCGCGGCACGAAGGGGGUGCAAGAUAACUUCGCUGUUCUCGACCGCCCACCCACGUCUCAGAGUUCCGUCAGCUCUAGUGUUCCAUCAAUUACUGGUUCCACCCCAAGCAACCACACCAGGAAAUCCCGAGGCGUGAAGGAUGCCGCCAAGGCUGCUCUAAGCAUGCCCAAAGGCGCUACGAAGGCUGCUGACAGCUCAAAGCCAUCCGUACCCGUUCAAUCGCACCUCACCAUUCGCCCGGUCGCGCAUUCUAGUGCAUCUGUCCACACAGGGAACAAGGUAUCCGAAGCUACCGCUGAGGAUGCCUCGAAGCGCCCAGCAGGUGCCUCUGUUCCUAAACCGACCAAAUCAGCCGAAAAGGAACCUCAAGGUGGUGGCUAUCGUGUAUCCGAGGGUUCUUCGUCUUCCUCCGCCUACGAGGAUGGUUCGUCGCUUCCAUCACCAUCGACAACCCCAGAGACGUCGCGCCCGCAAUCAGCAAAAGACAUUGCGUUGAGCACGAGUAACGUCUCUGAGGGAAAUCCUGGGGCCUUUGGGCUUCAAGACGACGAACGGACACUUCGACAGUCCUUGGAUUCCAGCAACUCAACUACCCCUCGCAUGCUCGAACCGGAAGCCCGUGAGAACAUUGAGAUGCAAAGCGAGGACCGGUGGAGCAGGACAGCCCUUCCGAUUGAUCUCGAUUGUGAUGCCCAAUCGUUCAUGACCACAGUUUUCAAACUGGACCACGAGGAGGAGACAGAGCAACCGCAGUCACUGGGCGAGUCGCCGCACAACGCGAAGAAGGGAGAAGGAGAGACUGCAAUACUGAUCCCCCCGCGGUCUUUGAGACGGGGCCAGUCCGUGUCAGAGGGCAUCACCGUGCCACCCACUGCGUCUUCCUUUUCGGCAGAGCGCCGUGACGACGCGGAGACGCUACGCGGCCUGACGGGAAAAUCCGAGGAGCAGGAAGGGGCAAUAAAGAUGAGAAGAUCGCCGAAGUCUAGGGCGUUGAGGAACGUUUCCAAACCCCUGGAGCAGGCAGUGGCAGGGGAAAUGAAGGCUGAGGUGCCGGAGAGAUACAGGAACCUACGGAAGGAGACACGGCCAAAAGAUGGCUCCAAGCUAGCCGGGCCAAGGGGUCGUGUGGACGGAGACGAGCCUCAGACGGCGCCCGAAAGCCCACAGCGCGAGUGGGCAUCCGACUCGAUAACCCCGGCCAGCUCAACCGUUCCAUCGGGACCUACUUCGCCUCGCGCAAUCAAUAUGGAUUUUCAGAUUCCGGGAAACCCCUACUUUGCAGACCUCCCGACAUCGCUCAAGUACACCGAGGUUUCGGGCGAGAUACCGACUUCGGCGGGGCCGCCAUCUCCUAUUUCCCUACCGAGUCCUGUUCACCCGGUCUUGUCGAAAGCGCCGUCGCCUCCUCAAGCGAACUCCGCGCCAACGCCGGUUUCGGGAUCGGCUGCCCCUUCUAGGACCUCCACGCCCUCUGGUCGGGCAUCUGGAAUGGUACCCGUUUCGAUCUUGAAGCAACCAAAGACUGCGGCAUCGGACCAAGCUCAUGCGCGUCCUCAGACAAGCUCCCGGCCGCAGGUGCUUUCGGCAAUUCCUAAGCACAUGCAGCUCCAGGCGGGACUCCCGGUGCGCCCACCGACUAGCGUGCCAGAGACGCGGAUGUCGCCGAUCGCCAAGAUAUUUGUUGAGUGCUGCCGCUGCAAGUUCUAUCACGACAUGCCCUCCAAGCUCUACGAGUGCAUGGCCAAGCCGGACCAGGUGGUCGAGGACAAGUUGCGUGGCAUAUCGGGCGCCGUCACAACCAUGGUCAAGUGCCCGUGGUGUCAACACAACAUGAGUAGGGACUGCUGCGCCGGAUACGCGGCGGUGGUGUAUCUGAAGGAGAAGUUGCACUAAGGGGAGGGAGGCCGGCUGCACAGUGCCCGUCCCCUAGAGGCCGUCAAGAGAGGAGGAGAGUUUCGGAGUUCCCUUCAUACCAGGUCUUGGCAGACGGGCACGACAGAUCGUUCUCCGGAUGCCAUGAAUUUGUUGCCGAAACGUUUCCUUUGUUGCUCUAGCCUCACCUUUUGGCGCCUUCCUUCAUUACGCGAUUUU